AUGGCGACCAACUCGAUCAAACUUCUCACGGGUAACAGUCAUGGGACGCUGGCGAAGCUCGUCGCCGAUAGACUGGGCAUCGAGCUGGCGAAAGUCAUGGUGCUGCAGUAUAGCAACAACGAGAGUAGUAUUUCUAUCGGGGAGAGUGUGAGGGAUGAGGAUGUCUUCAUCAUCCAAUCCACGGAGCCGGGCAACAUAAACGACCACAUAAUGGAACUCCUCAUCCUCAUCAACGCCUGCCGCACCGCCUCCGCCCGCCGCAUCACCGCCGUCCUGCCCAAUUUCCCCUACGCCCGCCAGGAUAAAAAGGAUAAGAGUAGAGCUCCCAUUACCGCCAAACUCAUGGCCAAUAUGUUGCAGACGGCGGGCUGUAAUCAUGUCAUCACGAUGGAUUUGCACGCGAGUCAAAUCCAGGGCUUCUUCAAUGUGCCUGUUGAUAAUCUUUAUGCUGAGCCGAGUACUCUGAGGUGGAUCAGGGAGAAUUUGAUGGUGAAGGAUUGUGUAAUUGUCAGUCCGGACGCGGGAGGGGCGAAACGAGCAACUUCUAUCGCGGAUGGGUUGGAUCUGGGGUUUGCGCUGAUACAUAAGGAACGCGCGCGGCCGAAUGAAGUCAGUCGGAUGGUGUUGGUGGGUGAUGUCCGAGGCCGGAUAGCUAUCAUCGUGGACGAUAUGGCGGAUACUUGCGGGACACUGGUCAAAGCAGCAGACGUAGUGAUGGAGCACGGUGCCAAGGAGGCCAUUGCGAUCGUGACGCAUGGGAUUCUGAGCGGGAAUGCGUGUCAGAAGCUGAAUGGGAGUCAGUUGAAGAAGCUGGUGGUGACGAAUACCGUGCCGCAUGAUGAGAAGAAGAAGUUGUGUGAUCGGUUGGAGACGAUCGAUAUUAGUCCUACGGUGAGUAAACCCCAGUCUACUCCGAUGGGAUGA